AUGAAAUAUGAGUACCAAAAAUGGGAACAAGAAUAUCCCCAUUUUUGGUGUUGGUGUUUUCUACUGGAGUUGAAAGGGAAGAAAGUAUAUAUUAAAAGGAAACCCAUGAUGUCCUCCAGUUCACCGUCUCAGGAUUCAAAUUCUCCUCAAAGUUCGGAGCAGUUGAAGCCAGAUGAAAUCACAGCGCUCGAAUAUACAUCACUUAAAGUGCCAUAUGAAUUGUUCAACAAACGGUUUCGUUCCUCGCAAAAAACAAUAGAAAAAAAUAAUCAUUAUCUGAAGGAAAGUGCUGAUUUGGUAGCAAAAGCUAUGAGAGGUGACGGUAAUAAGACUAUUUACAAACGCGAAAUUAGGGAAAAAAUGGAUACUUAUUUUGGACGCUUUGAAGAACUUUUUGGUACAUUCAAGCAAAUCACCGAUGAAGAAAUGGAAUUGAUUGAUCUCUUGGAUACGCGAGUCAAAUAUCUGCAGCAGGCUAACACGACUGAUGUUUUGAAACAGGAAACUUGGCGUAGUCAGCGCAUUAGUCGCUUGAUUAUCGAUUAUUUGCUACGUUCAGGUUAUUUCGAAACUGCACAAAAAUUAGCCGAACAGGCGAACGUGGAAGAUAUGUGUAAUAAAACUGUUUUCAUGAUUGCGAAGCAGGUAGAAGAUAGCUUAUCGCGCCAUGAAACCGAUCGAUGCUUAGAAUGGAUUGCUGAUAACAAGUCGAAGUUACGUCGCUUGAAAAGCACCCUAGAAACGACGGUUCGCUUGCAGGAUUGUAUUGAGUUAGUACGACGAGGUGAACGUUUAGAGGCUGUACAUUAUGCCAGAAAAUUUUUGGCCAAUUUAUCGAAAGAUCAGUGGAGCGAACAAGUUGUGAAAGUAACUGAUUAUGUUCUUUUAUUGGAUAAGAUUGCACACUUGAGGAGAGAAGCAGAAAGAAAUCCAUUAUCCUUCAAUAUUGAUGCUGACGAAAUUUGUGAAUUUUUGGGAGUUAUGGGUCUUAUUGGUUUCGGAAUUCCGUCCAAAAGUCGUGCUUACAACGAAUAUUUUAGUGAAAAGCGCUGGGAUCAGCUGAUUGAAUUGUUUAAACAAGAAAAUGCUCGUGUAUAUAAGCUCAUGGAGUAUUCAUCUUUUAAUGCCUGUCUAUGUAUGGGAUUAUCAGCUUACAAAAGUCCACAGUGUCAUCCGGAUCCAGAUUCUCGCUGUCCAACUUGUCGUCCUGACAUGCACGAACUUGCAGAAGACUUACCCCAUUCUCAUGUUUCUAAUUCAAAACUGAUGUGUGCUUAUUCGGGAGAACCAAUGGAUGAUGAAAAUGAGCCGUUUAUGCUACCGAAUGGUUAUGUUUAUGGUGCGAACUCGAUUGAGAAGUUGCUUAAUGCAUCAGAUGAAAUUGUUUGCCCUAGAACAGGAGAAAUUUAUCCCGCUAACCAACUCUUGCGUGUUUUUGUUCUUUGA